AUGUUGACGUUUGGUUUUGACAGAAUCGUACUGUUGAUAUUCUUACAGAUAACAGUCUUGCCACAACGAAUUUCUGGAAAAAAUGAACUGGCUUAUUUAGCUAAAAAUAAAGAUGAGAAUGGAAGCAAAUUUUGGCUACUUCAAGAAAGCGACGAAUAUUUAAUAACAGUCUUGCCACAACGAAUCUCUGAAGAAUAUGAACUGGCAUAUUUAGUUAAAAAUAAUGAUAGCUAUGGAAGCAAAUUUUGGCUACUUCAAGAAAGCGACGAAUAUUUAAGUUUUUCUUGGAUUACACUUAGUCCUUCUUAUAUCAAACCAGAUCAUAUGGCUGACACAGAUCUUUUUAAUGGCAAUGUCUUCGAUUUUGAUGAUAAUGAAACCUCAAUAACAGCGCGUCUUUAUUCAAAAGGAUGCGAAAAUUUCUUUUAUGGUAUCAGAGGGCCUUUACACUUUGGGCGUCCAGAAAUAUAUCAACUUUACUAUAAAAGAG